AUGAUCACAUCGCCCACGGUCUCUGUCUUGAGAAAUAGCACCAAUCCAGCGUGGGAGAGCGGCUCCUCGGGGGAGAAGGGCGCAGUGAAGAUCAGCCGGCUAUUCCUCCACAACCCCGUCUCCGCUGCACACCCUUCUCGCCAAGCCAGUCGUCUCCCCAUAAAGGUUUUGAAAAUGCUUACCGCUCGGGCAGGACACAUGUUACACCCGGAGUACCUUCAGCCUUUGCCGUCCACUCCCAUCAGUCCCAUCGAGCUGGAUGCAAAGAAAAGUCCACUUGCUCUCUUGGCCCAGACGUGCUCCCAGAUCGGAAAGCCGGACCCGCCGUCCUCCUCCAAGCUGUCCUCUGUGACCUCCAAUGGAUCUAGUGACAAGGACACCAAAUCCGGUCCGCUGAAAAUGAGCGACAUCGGAGCCGAGGACAAAUCUAGCUUCAAACCUUACUCCAAAUCGUCGGAAAAGAAGGACUCGGGCAGCAGCCUCAGUGGAGAUAAAACCAGUUUCCGGGUGCCUAGCGCCACCUGCCAGCCAUUCAGCCCAAGGACAGGCAGCCCCAGCUCCUGCACAUCAGUCUCCCCUCUGCCGGCCGACGGCAAGGCGGAGGACAAGGAGGGAAAGAAGGAGUCUGAUAGCAAUAAAAGCAGCACUGCAGAUAAUAACGGCAGCCACAGGUUAAGUGGAAUUACCUCUGAUGGCAGCCAUCACCAGGAGAGCACAUCUGGAUCCAAGACGCGCACAUCAGACUCUCCAUCUGUAACCUCAUCGUCCUCCGUUCUCGGCUCUGGACUGGUGGCCCCAGUUUCCCCAUAUAAGCCCGGUCACACCGUUUUCCCCAUGUCCCCCGCCGGUAUUUCCUAUCCUGGAAGUUUGGCGGGUGCCUACGCGGGCUACCCGCAGUCGUUCCUCCCUCACGGGAUGAACCUCGACCACGCGAAAUCCAGCAGUCAGCUAUUGAGCGCACAGUUCGCUGCCGCCGGCUCGAUGGGCUGCAGCAAAGCCGGGACGAGUCCCCUGGCUGGAUCCUCGCCGCCGUCCCUAAUGUCCGCCAGUCUGUGUCGGGACCCCUACUGCCUGAGCUACCACUGCACGAGCCACUUGUCCGGCGCGUCCAGCGCCAACUGCGCGCACGACUCUGCGGCGGCCGCCGCGCUCAAAUCUGGAUACCCGCUCAUGUACCAGGCGCACCCGCUGCACGGCGUGCACUCCUCGGCCCCGUCUUUCAGCGGACAUCCCCUGUAUCCGUACGGGUUUAUACUUCCGAAUGACCCCCUGCCGCACAUAUGUAACUGGGUGUCUGCCAACGGACCUUGCGACAAGCGCUUCUCCUCCUCCGAGGAGCUCCUCGGUCACUUGCGGACUCACACGGCCUUUGCCGGCACGGACAAGUUGCUAUCCGGGUACCCGGGGUCGUCUUCCCUCGCCAACGCCGCCGCGGCCGCCGCGAUGGCGUGUCACAUGCACAUGCCUCCCAAUGGCAGCCCCGGAAGCCCCGGGGCGCUGGCCCUCAGGGGCCCGCACCAUCACCUCGGACUGAGCAGCCGCUAUCACCCUUAUUCAAAGAGCCCCAUGCACACGCCCGGAGCCCCGGUGCCGGUGCCCGCGGCAACGGGGGCGUAUUAUUCCCCGUACGCCUUUUAUGGACAAAGACUGACAACAGCCUCGGCCUUAGGAUACCAGUAGAAUCAAAGAAUUAUACAUUUAUAAAAACAAAAAAGAUUUAGGCCCAAUGAGUUUUAUAUUGUACUUCAUGCAGGGACUGGAUCCAUGUGGGGAUCAGUGUAUUUAUUUGCGAUAGCUUCAAGCGUGACUUAAAAUAAAAAAAAUAAUAUAA